CUCAGCGGAGGCAGUAAAGAUGUCCAGCGAACGCAAUUUCUUCCUUGAUCUUAAUGAAGAUUGCCUUCGAUGCAUCUUCGACUACCUGAAUGUUCUGGAUCUCGUGAGAAUGGAGAAAGUUUGCCGCAGAUUCCAAGCUUUGGCAAAGUCAAUAUAUCCCAAGAUCGAUGAGGUUGAUUUCGAUGAACUCUCACAGACGGCAUUCAUCCCCCUAACUGAUGCCAGUGACGUUGUUAAGCGCGUGGGGAAGCACAUUAGCUCCCUCAUUGCCUCCAAGACGAAUUUCCUUUCAAACAGUGAAAUCCUCCCGAGAUCUGUGUUGACGCAAUGCAAGAAGCUGCAGGAGGUGCAAUUGACUGGAUUUAAGAUCAUCACUCCGGCAUCCCUGAAGCGGCUUUCAGUGACUAUUAAGGAGGCGAAGGUGGUACGACUGAAUAGUUGCGUAUUCAAUGAUGACAUCAAGAGUUGCCUGGUGGAAGCGACACAAAUGGAGGUUCUCGAAUUGACGGGGAAUGCCAAUGUCCAGGGGAGUUGCCUUAUUGGCGUGAGGGGGAUCAAGGAAAUUGAUUUGUCGCAUUGUGAUUUCAUUGAGGCCGAUUUCUUCGUGCGAUUCUGCAAGGCAAACCGAAAGCUCCGUUCGGUGGGUAUUAUUGGUUUGCGCCUGCUGGAGGAAUACGCCAUGAAUACCCUCGUGGAGACACUGAAGGAUCUGGAGUGUCUCUCUAUAAAUGAUCACUACAACGAUCAUGAUGAUCCGCAGUUUGAAUUUGAGAAAUUGGCACAAUUGCCAAAAUUGACAAAGAUUCGCGUUCAAUACGGCGCAGGAUAUACGGAUGAGGAUAAUUUGCGUGAAUUUUAUCCAUUGAUGUACAAUCGACUGGAGAGUUUGAUCCUGGAAGAUAUCGAAUUCGACAGCACCCUCCAGGAGAUUGGAAAGUUCACAAAGCUCAAAGAAUUGGGAUUGUACAAUGCAGGGAACUGCAAGGAUUCGACUCUGGCCAUGCUUUCGUGUACGCAGACACUGCAGGAGCUCAGUCUCAUUAAAUGCGUCAACAUCACACCUCAAGGAUUGUUGGAGGUUAUCAAGAAUUGCCAGGCACUCGAAUCCAUCAAUAUCUCCGAGUGUCCACAAUAUACGGAUGACUUCCUCAUUGCCCUUGAGCCCCACUUGAUUGGACGUCCGCAUCCGUUGGAGCUCAUCGUAAGCAAUACUCCCAUUCACAAGGACAUUGAAGGCAAGGGCCCCAAAUGUGAUUUCAUCAAAACAUUCGUCAAGAACAAUCGCAACAGGAUCCAACUGUCCUACAUCCGUAAGAGUUUCUCAGAAGAACUUUGGUUCAUCCGCCAAUACUGCACAAGACGCUUCCGUUAGAUUAAUUUCUUCACAACGCUGCGCUACAAUCGUUACCAUUACCUUCUUUAAUUAUUUUGAAGUUAUUGUUGGCACUGAAGCCAUUUCUCGUUCACAAAUCUUGAAUUUAGAGUUCUUAUUUUAAUUUUAUUAAUUAAACUAAACACAUUUUGAA